GGCGGAAGCAGAAUUUGGGGCGGGGCCUUGUGGAACUUGGGGGACGCAGCGAAAUGGAAGUAGUUAGAUGUCCGGAGCACGGGACUUUCUGCUUUCUUAAGACCGGCGUCCGCGAUGGCCCGAAUAAAGGAAAGAGCUUCUACGUGUGCCGGGCAGACACGUGCAGCUUCGUGCAGGCCACCGACAUUCCUGUUUCUCAUUGCUUAUUGCAUGAGAACUUUGUGGUAGAGCUUCAGGGUUUGCUUCUGCCACAGGACAAGAAAGAAUACAGAUUGUUCUUCCGAUGCAUUAGAAGUAAGGCAGAGGGGAAACGCUGGUGUGGAAGUAUUCCAUGGCAGGAUCCUGAUUCCAAAGAACAUUCUGUCCCCAAUAAGUCUCAGCAUGCACCUGAGACAUUUCAUCAUUCUUCCAACCAGCUGAGAAAUCCAUUCAGGGUACUUGACAAGAAUCAAGAACCAUCUCUCUGGAAACAGCUCAUCAAAGGUGAAGGUGAGGAAAAGACGGCUGAUAAGAAGCAAAGAGACAAGGGAGAUCAGCUUUUCGAUCAAAAGAAGGAACAGAAACCUGAAUCGAUGGAGAAAGAUCUCUCAUCUGGCCUGGUACCAAAGAAAAAACAAUCUGUAGUUCAAGAGAAGCAGCAAGAGGAGAGAGCAGAGAUUCAGUGUGAGGCAGAGGAGACUGGAGGCACACACACAAGAGACUUUUCUGAAGUUAAAUCUCAACAGUGCCAAGGUAAUGAGCUUACAAGGCCAUCUGCAUCUUCUCAGGAGAAAUCAAGUGGUAAGAGUCAAGAUGUCCAAAGAGAAUCAGAACCUCUGAGAGAAAAGGAUACCCAGCUUUUGUCUCAAAACAUUCACAGUCACAGCUCAAUAAGCAAGCCCCAGAAAGGGGGACCCCUCAACAAGGGGUACAAGAACUGGGAGGCUAAAGAAACAAAGGCAAAAGAUGGCCCUAGCACACAGGCCACCCAGAAAAGCCUGCCUCGGGGGCAUUUCCAAGAGCGGCCGGAGACCCACGGUGUGCCUGCUCCUGGAGGACCAGUGGCUCAGGCUGCACCAGCAGCACCAGGGCUUUCCCUGGGUGAGGGCCGCGAAGCUGCCACAAGCAGUGACGAUGAGGAGGAAGAUGAUGUUGUCUUUGUUUCCUCUAAGCCUGGGAGCCCCCUACUCUUUGACUCGACUCUGGACUUACAGAUGAAGGAGAACCUCCAAUUCCCUGAUCGAAGUGUGCAAAGAAAGGUAUCUCCGGCCUCAGGUGUUUCCAAGAAGGUGGAACCCUCAGACCCAGCAGCCCAGCGUGUCUACCUUACAACACAACUGAAACAAAAGAAGAGCACACUGGCAUCAGUGAACAUCCAGGCUCUUCCAGACAAGGGUCAGAAGUUGAUCAAACAAAUCCAGGAGCUGGAGGAAGCGCUCAAUGGUCUUGCCCUUUCCCCAGAGCAAGGAACUAAUGAGAAGAGUAACAGUCAAGCGCCACAGCAGAGUCACUUCACCAAAACUACCACUGACCCUCCCCACCUGGUGCCUCCCCAACCCCUUCCUGGUUGUGGUACCCAACCCGUGGGUUCUCUAGAACUAAAGUCUGUCUGCCAGGUGACUGCUGGAGGAUCCAGUCAGUGUUAUCAAGGUAACACCUAUUUGUACGCACGCCAUGCAAACCAAGAUCACGUUCACGCAGUGUGGAAAAUCACAAGUGAAGCCAUCGAUCAGCUGCAUCGCUCACUUGAGUCAUGUCCUGGUGAGACGGCUGUUGCAGAAGAUCCUGCUGGGCUGAAGGUCCCUUUGUUACUACACCAGAAGCAGGCAUUGGCUUGGUUACUGUGGCGGGAAAGUCAGAAGCCACAAGGAGGGAUUCUGGCGGAUGAUAUGGGCUUAGGAAAAACCCUGACAAUGAUUGCACUCAUCCUGACCCAGAAGAAUCAAGAGAAAAAGAAAGAAAAGGAGAAAAGCACAGCUUUGACAUGGCUCUCCAAAGAUGACUCUUCUGAGUUGACUUCCCAUGGAACACUAAUCAUCUGUCCUGCCUCCCUGAUCCAUCAUUGGAAAAAUGAGGUGGAGAAACGGGUGAACAGCAACAAACUAAGAGUCUAUCUCUACCAUGGGCCAAACCGGGAUUCACGUGCCAGAGUCCUCUCUACAUAUGACAUCGUGAUCACUACCUAUAGCCUCGUGGCCAAGGAGAUUCCCACAAACAAGCAAGAGGCAGAGAUCCCAGGUGCAAACCUCAGUGUGGAGCGCACCUCAACACCUUUGCUUCAAAUAGCCUGGGCUCGAAUCAUAUUGGAUGAAGCUCACAAUGUUAAGAAUCCCCGAGUGCAGACAUCCAUAGCUGUGUGUAAGCUACAAGCCUGUGCCCGUUGGGCUGUCACUGGAACCCCCAUUCAAAACAACUUAUUGGAUAUGUAUUCACUGCUGAAGUUUCUCCGUUGCUCUCCAUUUGAUGAGUUCAAUCUGUGGAGGAGUCAGGUUGACAAUGGCUCAAAGAAAGGAGGAGAACGGUUAAGUAUUUUAACCAAGAGCCUUUUGCUGAGGAGAACAAAAGACCAGCUGGACUCUACUGGCAGACCUUUGGUGAUACUGCCCCAGCGUAAAUUUCAGUUGCACCAUUUAAAGCUUUCUGAAGAUGAAGAGACUGUUUACAAUGUGUUUUUUGCAAGAUCAAGGUCAGCUCUGCAGUCCUAUCUAAAAAGGCAUGAAAGUGGAGGCAACCAAUCUGGAAGAAGCCCUAAUAAUCCAUUCAAUAGAGUGGCACUGGAGUUUGGGUCCGAGGAGCCUAGACACCCUGAGGCAGCAGACUCACCAAGAUCCAGCACCGUCCACAUACUGUCCCAGUUGCUGAGACUCCGCCAGUGUUGCUGUCAUCUUUCUUUAUUGAAGUCGGCCCUGGAUCCAAUGGAACUGAAGGGUGAAGGUCUCGUCCUUUCCCUGGAAGAACAGCUCAGUGCUUUGACCUUGUCAGAACUCCGUGACUCAGAGCCGUCUUCCACUGUUUCCCUUAACGGCACCUUCUUCAAGAUGGAACUUUUUGAAGACACGCGAGAGAGCACCAAGAUUUCAUCUCUGUUGGCAGAAUUGGAGGCAAUUCAAAGAAAUUCAGCGUCCCAAAAGAGUGUCAUCGUCUCUCAGUGGACCAACAUGCUGAAAGUUGUAGCAUUGCACCUGAAGAAGCAUGGACUGACUUAUGCCACCAUUGAUGGCUCUGUCAACCCCAAGCAGAGAAUGGACUUGGUAGAGGCAUUUAACCACUCCAGAGGCCCUCAGGUAAUGCUAAUCUCUCUCUUGGCCGGAGGUGUUGGUCUAAACCUGACUGGAGGAAACCAUCUCUUUCUUUUGGACAUGCACUGGAAUCCGUCACUUGAGGAUCAAGCUUGUGACCGAAUUUACCGAGUAGGGCAGCAGAAAGAUGUUGUCAUACACAGAUUUGUUUGUGAGGGAACAGUAGAAGAAAAGAUCUUACAGCUCCAAGAAAAAAAGAAAGAUUUGGCCAAACAAGUUCUAUCAGGAUCUGGAGAAUCUGUCACCAAGCUCACCUUGGCUGACCUCAGAGUCCUUUUUGGCAUCUAACCUCCCGUGGAUAAGGGCUCAGAAUAGCACCAUUGCUGGUUUGUAUUAGGAUCUAGGAAUAACAACCUAAUCAUGAGCCUUGAACUCUGUUCUCUGCAUUUCAAUUUCACCAUUAAGCCUUUCACCUUCCUCAAAAUGAGGCAUAAUCUUUUCCCCAGAAUUGAGGAGGGGUUAUGUUAGCCAAUUAGUUAACCAGUUAUGUUAAUACGUCAAUUUAUUUAAUGAGUGGUAUGGAAACCAUUUGAUUGUUUUAGAUAAAAGAAAAUAUUUUAGAGUUGGAUGAUUUUGGAAAACAACUCUGGCAGAAUUGUACAUAAGCUUCGGUAAAGUUCAAAAAGCGGGCCAGGUGUGAUGGCUCAUGCCUGUAAUCCCAACACUUUGGGAGGCCGAGGCAGGAGGAUGGCUUGGUUCAAGACUAGCCUGGGCAACACAGUAAGACCCCAUCUCUAUGAAGAAUAAAUAAAUGAGCUAGGCGUGGUAGAGCACACCUGUAGUCCUAGCUACUUGGGAGGCUGAGGCAGGAGGAUUUCUUGAGCCCAGGAGGUUGAGGCUGCAGUGAGCUGUGAUUGUACCACUGUAUCCCAGCCUGGGUAAUAUAGUGAGACCCUGUCUCAAAAAAAAGAAAAAAAAGCUCAAAAACUUCUGUGUUGCCUAUCUCUUCUUAGCUGAUGAUGGGAGAACCACUGUUACUACCUUCUCUAACACAGGCUCCAUCCUAUCUCUUCAUCUCUUCUUGCCAAUGAUGUUGCUCCUGUAACCAUCUUUUUGUGGGUGGAGCAAAGAGUUGAUCCCUGCAGCCACCCUGCAACCAGCCAUCUCUGCAGUUCUCUCAGUGCAGGCAGUUCUUCCUCUCAGACUGAAGGUCAAGGAGAUGCUUUGUACAUGAACAGAUGUUGAGUAUCUGUAUCAUUGUAUUGUUUAGUGUCAGUGUAUCAUUUAGUGUUUGCAUCACUGUAUCAUUUAGUGUUGUGUAUCACUCAGUCAUUUAAUAUUGGUUAUCACCAUAUCGUUUACUAUCAUUUGGUUCAUUGUAUCAUUUAGUAUUUCUGUUAUAUCAUUUCUAUUACAUGUAGUAUUUGUAUAAUAUUUGUGUCAUUUUUAAUAGUAUUUGUAUUUUUACAAAUUUACAGUAUUUGUAGCAUUUAGUAUCAUUGUUUCAUUUAGUAUUUGGUAUAAUCUAAUAAAUACUAAUCCAGUCCGAUACUAAUCCAAUCCAAUACUAGUAAUACUAUUGGUACAAUCCAAUACUAAUAAUACUAACAGUAGUAUUGAUAUAAUCUAAUAAAUAAUGUGUUUGACAGUGUAGCAGAAAUAAGGCUAUGUGUUCAUCAAACCCAUUUCCUUUUCCUCCUGGGCACCCAGAGAGACUGUAUUUCCAUCUUGGCUGCAGUUUGAUGGGGUCCGUAUCAAUGGACUGUGGAGAGAAGUGAUGUAAGUCACUUCUAGGCUGCCCUCUACCACUUUUCAAAAGAUCAUUCAUGCUGUUUCUUCCCUCCUUAGCCUAUGGGAUGCAAAGGAACUGAUGGAAGAUUACAAGGCCCUAGGGAAGGUGAAGCCACUAGCUCAGCAGUUCUUAGCCUAGUUUUUGGCCAUCAGCCCUUCUAUUAGACUAGUAAAGCCUCAGUCCUGGAUGGCUUCCCCAUGUGCACUUCCCCCCUUGCACCAGCUCACCUCCACUGGACUAUGACAUGAUCAAGGAAUCUUUUUUUUUAAGCUACUGAGAUUUUUGUGUUGUUUAUGUAGCAGUUUGUACCCUAAUACAAACACUUGAGAUUUUAUACUUCAGGAAACUAUUCAGAUUUCCUUCUUCUCAUUAGCAAUUAUUCCAAAAACACUUACUCUGCUAAUUUCUGCUAGAAAGAAUCACAGUUCUUCUUACAUAGAAAUAUUUCUCUCCCUUGAGUUGGGAAACAAGAGCCUGUUAACCCAGUCACAGUGUGGACUGAGGCAUUCGGAGCCUGUUCAAGCAGAGGUUUUAUAUAAAGACAAGCUCUAAAGGCUUACAGAGGUAAAGACAAUGGCCUGGUUGGAAGAAUUAUAGUCUAGAACUGAGACUUGACUCCAGUUCUAGGCUCAUCUUAGCUGGGUGUGUAACGUUGAAAAAAAUUGGCCAAAUGCAGUGGCUCAUGCCUGUCAUCCCAGCACUUUGGGAGGCUGAGGCAGGUGGAUCAUGAGGUCAAGAGAUCAAGACCAUCCUGGCCAACAUGAUAAAACCCUAUCUCUACUAAAAAUACAAAAAUUAGCUGGGCGUGGUAGCAUGUGCCUGUAGUUCCAGCUACUGGGGAGGAUGAGGCAGGAGAAUCGCUUGAACCCGGGAGGCGGAGGUUGCAGUGAGCUGAGAUCGCGCCACUGCAUUCCAGCCUGGCGACAGAGUGAGACUCCAUCUCAAAAUCAGUCAGUCAAUCAAUCAAUCCUCACUUUCUCUACAUUGUGAUUUCCUCAUUUGUAAGGUGGGCAGUUUUCAGAACUUAGCAGCAACAAGGUUUCUGAUAAGAAGCAAAGGAAGUAAUAUUGCCUUUUUGAAGUUUUGCUAUAAGAUCGACACACCAAGGUAAAGAUUGAGUCACUUGAGAAGCAGUGGCUCCCAGGCCAGCAAGAAUGUACAAACCUGGCUCUGCCAUUUGCUAACUGAAAUUAGGCAAGUUGCAGAUUCCUUGGACAUCUCAAUCCUUUCAUCUGUAAAAUGUGUGGAUUAUCAUGUAUCUCAUGCUCUGCUGGGAAUAUCAUAGCAAAUAUAUAUACUAUAACAUGUUUGACCAGAUAGAUCAGUAAUGUCAACUAGAAGGUGUUGGACGAACAUUGUCAGUCUCCAGUCAAGCACUGUUUAGGGGAGAGGAAUUCUUUCAGGCUCAAGCAUUCUGGCUUUUAGUUUGGAGAGGGAUGCAGGGAUUGUAACCUACAAUCUUCAGAUAUUGAGGCCAUUGACAAGUAGUCUGCUGCAAGGUAGAUGCCUCCUGGUAUUUUAAAACAGCUUCUCUCAUUUCCCUUGUUAUUGUACGCAAGCAAAGCAACCUAGUUAUGUCUUGGGUAGGUGUUCUCAUAGCCUGUAAGAUGCUAUUGAUUUGAUGUGGAUGCAGAAAAAAAUGGAACCACUGCCUUAAUGGAAUGGAAUAUACCAAACAUGCAUUCUUAAAUCCUAGUGCUGGGAUGGAAAUGUCUCAUGAAUUAACAGAAGUGGCAUUCUGGUAUUAAUAUAUCCUACCUCAGGCUCAUAUUCAUUUUAGUGUAAAUCAGUUUCUUAAAGUCUAGGUAUGACAGGGUGGGUCACUGUACCUUCUAGCGAUGGACAGCAUCCCACAACAUAGUGAUCUAACUGAAGUGCUGCACUGAGUCCUGCCUGUGUCAACCGCCUUCCUUUAUGUCACACGACUGCUGCUGGAUUUGCUUUUUACAUCUGCCUGUUGCACCUGAUUUGGUCAUGGAUGAUAUGAGGUAAUAAAUGCUUUGAAAACCA